AUGGCAGAAGAGGAAACUAAUCGAUCCACCUAUCCCAGGAGGGGAGAUCUUGUCACUGUUCGCCCCAGCUUUUUUCGGUUGUAUACCAACAUGGCGGCAAAGGAAGGAUCAUACCGCAAAGAAACUGUCGACAGUGUUUACAACAAACUUGUUUGCAGAAAAUCUGAAAUAGAUCUAUUGUUGACACUUUUUGGAGACAGAGGUUCGUUUGUGUCGCCAUCGAUAUUCAUCUGCGGUCAUACAGCUACAGGGAAAACGGUGGUCGUGGAAACUUUGUUGAAAGAUUUGGAGGUGAGCAUGUUGUUUAUUUAAAAGCAUGCGAGGCUUAUAAUUUAUUGUAUUGACAAUCGUUUAAUCCUGAAUUUUGGACACAGAAUAAUCGAAGCUGCCAUCAGAGAUGCCAGCCUCUGCAGAUCAAAAAUCUGGAGAGUUUUCUUAAAUAGCACUUAACCCUCCCUCCCCACCAUCCCACCCUACCACCCCCCCCCCCCCACCCCCCCAAAACCACCCAUCAUUUCGUUCCCCUCUAUACAAAUCACCCAAAAUUAUCUUGAAUUUUUUUACCCGUUACAAUGGAGAACAUGACUCCUUCCUUUUGCGCAAAUAUGCCGAUUUGAAAAAUUUGGAGGUGAGCAUGUUGUUUAUUUAAAAGCAUGCGAGGUUUAUAAAUUAUUUUAUUGACAAUCGUUUAAUCCUGAAUUUUGGACACAGAAUAAACGAAGCUGCCCACAAAGAUGCCCGCCUCUGCAGAUCAAAAAUCUUGAGAGUUUUCUUAAAAAGCACUUAACCCCCCCCCCCCACCCUCCCACCCCACCCCCCCCCCCCCCCCCACGUCCAAUAAGUCACCAUGAUUGUUUGCCAUUUAUAAAAAAUUCCGGAAAUUUUAUUUGGGAAUUUUCGCUCGGUAAGAGCGGUACAUGUCGUCUACCAUUUGCCCAAAAUUUCCGGAUUGUCUUGCCGCGCUAGACUGCCGAGAUUCUAGUUACAACAUAAAACUAGUAUGAAACUCAAGAAACAAGUAAGUGGUAUAACAAUUUCCAUUUGGAACAUCCCAACUGGGAAAACGGGACUACCUUUCAGAAUUUCCAUUUGUCCCGGGAAUUUUCCAGUGGGACAAACCAAAAAAACAUUUAAUACCAUUUACACCCCAACAGGAAUUUGCGGUAAUUUGUGGUAAAUGGUAAACAAUGCAUGUUUUAUCCCUGAUACUGGCACAUGAUUGACUUAGUCCCAAAUUGUUUUUGUUAUGAAGGUUGAUCACAUCUCAAAGUUUCUCUCUGACUGAUACUUGUACAGCUGGGCCCUGUUCCUCAAAAGAUGGUUAAGUUUAACCCUGCGGAUUUAAAGCCAAAUUUCAAGCAUGGUUUUCUUGUCUAAGAACAUGCAACUCGAGGUUACGAAAUACUGUUGAGCCUUUGCUACGAGAUGCAGUAAUGGUAACACAAAAUGUUACCCUAAGCAACACAUAGGAAUGUAAAAUACAAAAACAGAACAAAAUUUUAAUCCCAGAUUAACACUAAUCGACCUUUCAGGAACCAGGCCCUGUAGUGUAAAAAGAAUCAACUCAAGUAUGAUCAUUUUCAGACAUUCUUUGUUGUUUUAAAUUGGCAGAUUUUUAUAUAAGAUGAAAUAGUUUUGAUUUUUUUCCGUUUGUUGUUCUUGAACAGCUUCCCCAUGCGUUGGUGAACUGCAUAGAGAGUUUUACAGCACGUCUUAUUUAUGAGCACAUUUUAUACCAGUUACAAGAUUUGGAUGAAGAAGAUGAUGAUUUCGAUCCCCCACCCAAAUGUGACAACAUGACAGACUUUUUCCGCCAACUCAAGAAUUCUUUAUCAUCAAGACAGCUCACAAGUGAAACAUUUUACAUUGUCCUUGAUAAAGCUGAGAGAUUACGGGAUAUUGAAGCCAAUGUUCUGCCGGCAUUCCUGAGACUUCAAGAGCUGACACAACUUAAUAUCUGUGUCAUCUUCAUCAGUCAAAUUGUGUGGGAAAAAUUCCAAGUUGGUACGGGAUUUUAUGAACCUGUUGUGGUUCACUUUCCGGAUUAUUCGAAGGUGGAGUUACUUCAGAUUAUGGCCAAAGAUUGUCCAUCAUCAUAUCCUGUGGAGUUCUACAAAGCCUACUGUCAACUUUUUACGAGUGUGUUCUACUCGGUGUGUAGAGAUCUGAAUGAACUGCGUCAUUUAGUGAGUAUGAUAAUAUUUGCACUAAAGACAAGUGACUUACUGACAACAAACCGUGGCAUGGCCAGUACCUUAUGCAUGCACACAGCCAUAUCACCUGGGCAGUGGUAGCCAUGAACAGCUGUUUCCCCUGUAUUGGGGCUUAUCGGCAUAAAGGGCUGUUAAUAAGAGCUGGUGGGAGGGGGAGGAGGGGCAGAGAUCACUCCCGGCAACAUUGAGCACGACCCCCAGCUUCUUUCAGUGGAGAUAAAAGGACAAUAAUAAUUAUUGUCCUUAGCCUGAAAUUCAUCCGAUUGCUUCGAGUCGUUUUUUCCUCUCAACAACGUCUGAAUCGACGGGCCGUUAAUGCCGUCUAGUGACGUCACUCACUACCCGAAAACCGGGUAGUGAUUUUGAUUGGUUGAUUGUCUAAACAUUCGCAUAAUUAUGUAUAAUUAUGAAAAAUUUUACCGGGAUUGUCGCUUGAUAUUCAGCGGAUCGCAUCCCCGGCAUUCUUUCGUUUAGUUCAAACAUUUCGAUAAGCUUAAUCUUUAUCUUAAACAGCAAAAUUGCCCUUGUCUUCGAAACUGAAGUGCUAAAUUGAACUGCUAAUGAAGAAUCAUUGCGGAGAGUGUGUAAGUUUUUCAUUUAGAGCCGCUUUGUGGUUUCGGCGGCCGUUGAUUUUGUUUACGCGAAGUUUUCUGAGAUCAAUGUUAUAAUUCGACCUUCUUGCUAUUUUUACCGUCAAGUGUAAUGAUUCUGUUAGCUUUUCUUUCUUGUCUCCUUGUUUUUUUUCUUCGUUAAUUAAAGCAAAUCAUUGUGUUUUUGAACUAAUUUUUCCUUGUGUGUGUUUAUUUCAUUUGCGUGAUUGCGACCGAGUUUGAUAUUUAUAGAAUUUAGUACAACCGGUUCAGAGUUGUACUGCAUGCAGUUGAUAGUUUCAACGUUAAACAUGAAUUACGAUCGAAAAAAAUAAAGCAGUUCUGUAUCAUGCAGACAUUUCCAGACGAUAUUUCUCGGUUUGCCACUUGAAAAUCGUGUUUUACUUUUUGCAUGAAUUAAAGCAAAGGUCAAGGACUAGUGACGUCACUGGACGGCAUUAACGGCCGGUCGAUUCAGACGUUACUGAGGGAGAAAUAACGACUCGAAGUAAUCGGAUGAAAUUCAGGCUAUAUUGUCCUUUUAUUGAAAAAAACUUCCUAGCCAUUCAGUUCCCACCUACUAAUUGCAUACAAACCCAGCAACUUGAAAGUCUAGUGACAGCCUUGACUCAUUUGGAAGAGAGUAUUGGAAGCAUAUAAGUAUGAGUAAUUUCUUUAUUUAGCCAAAGUCCAUCAGUAGGUGACCUUGUUUGAGCAAGUCAUCUUAAAAUUAGCCUCUCAGGCAGGCAUUUUUAGGGGAGCUUGUAUUUCGCCCCUCCCCACAAACGCCUGCCCUACUGAGAACAACAUUCCUUUUCCAUUGUUUUAUUCACAUGGUAAGUGACCAAUUCACAUGGUAAGUGACCAAUCAAAUAAAGUGUUGACAUACUAAACAUGACUCAUGGUAGUGUAUAAACUUGACCCUAGAGUUACAAUUUUCCUACUUUUCUUUCCUUCGCUAAGGUUAUGCAGUGCACAGAGUAUUCUAAAAUCUGAUUAAAUCUUACUUUUGCCACUUUGCGAUUGGCUAAGCUUGGGAAAGGAAUGUUGUUCUUGGUUGAGCAGGCAUUUCUAGGGAGGGCGAAAUACAAGCUCUCCUAAAAACGCUUGCAUGGGAGGCUUUCAUGAAAUCUGCACAUGUAUUUCCUUCUAUUGACUAAAAACUGAUCUACCAGUAUAUCUUUUAUUCAUUUCAGGCCCUGUUACAUUUUCCCAAAUAUUGUGAGCCAGUAGUCUCCGGUGAUGCUGAAAUGACAGACAGUCGUAAACUAUGGAGGAACAUCGAGCCCCACCUGAAGAAGGCACUUCACACAGUUUAUCUCAGAGAGGUGUCCAGUCACCAGUGGGAGUCGAUUAUAAGUCAAGAUACACAGGACAACAAUGAAAAUCUAGGGGACCAGGGUAAGAACAUUAACUAACUACACUCCUCAAUACACUGUUGGUUUGCGUAUAAAACCAAUGGUUUUUUCUUUUUUAAAAAGUGUUCCGAACAUUUUUUAAAGAGUCUUUGCCGUCACCAUCUCUUUUGUAUAGUCAUUGUAUAGUCAUAAGACAUCGCAUUUGCUAAUUUCACAUUGUAGUCAAUGCAGUGACAGCGAAGAAAUGUAAGAAUUUAGAGGUAUGGUUAAUGCUGUCUUCAACAAACUGCUCAAACCCUUCAAAGUGGCACAAUCCGCUCUAUUUUCUUGGCAGCGUGCAAAGAAACUAGCGUCCGAUAGCCCAGGGCUAGUGGAUUUUGCUAUUGGGCUAGUGAAUUCUGUUCUUAAUUUGCCAGAUGGGCAAGUGAAGUAUUUUGAGGAAUUCAACUUACAGAAGAACUGUGAAAUCAAUUCUGCUCAUCAAUAAAUUUUGGGGGCUGGUUGAAAUGACGUUUGGGCUAGUAAAUGUUAGCUUCGGCUUCCCCGAAUGGCAAGCUGUAAAAAUGAAUUUCUUUGCACCCUGCUCGGGGUAAGAAAAUUCGCUGACACGCUAAUUGAAACAGCAUUUUACUUCUCUGUUCUAGGUGUCUCAGUUCGUUCUUACAUUGAACUUCCAUUUUAUACCAAGUAUCUCCUGAUUGCGGCUUAUUUGGCGUCAUACAACCCUGCUCACACAGACAGAAGGUUCUUCACAAAACAAGGAAGAAGAGGAAUAAGCAACAGGGCGAAGGCUGCUGCCAAAGGAAAAAAGUCCAACACUCAACUUACAGGUACAACUGUAUACAUGGGCGCCGCGUGAGAUUUUGUAGAUGUACGCACAGGAAGAAAAGUCAGACCACCAAAGGAGCUCCAAAGUAGGCGGGGCUGGAGGCAUGCGCCCUUCCCCCCCCCCCCCCCCCCCCCCCCCCCCCCCACUACCUCCCUCCCCCCCCCCACCCCCUCCCCCCUUCUCUCGUCUUCCCCUUUUUUCAAAACCAACACAACGAAAUAACACAUAUAAACAAAUAAAUUAUAUUAAUGUUAACUUUUUAUCAUAAACAAUCGCAUGCCAAAAGAAAAAAAGCCAACCCUCCACUUACAGGUACAAAUGUAAAAAAGGGGGCCGGGGGGGGUUUUGUAGGUGUACGCAAAGGAAGAAAAGGCAAACCCCCAAAGGGGCCCCCAAGGAGGCGGGGGUGGAGGCAUGCGCCCCUCCCCCCCCCCCCCACCCCCUCCUUUCAGAAUUGUCAAAUUUAGAGGCGCGGAAAUCCAUUUCCUACGUUUUCCGAUGGAAAUUUUAAAUAAAUGAAAACAAAGGAAAAUGCAAUAGUUACUUAUAUAUUUUACCCAUCUCUUUUUGGUAUGGUAAGACAGCGGUCAACGCCAAAAAGGAAGUUACAAGCAAGGGGCGAGAUAGCCUGCAAGAUAGCCAUCUCUCCUCGUCUCUCCUAUGAAACGUCCCUACUGGCGAGGAGUUGAGGAGAGUACGGGUAUAUUCGCGGGCUAAGGGCGAGACGUUUACCCUUCAGUCAGGCAAAGACACAAGUAGAAUGCGAAAAAAUUUGUCAAUCACCGCUAUCUAACAAUAAGAAUGCUUUCCGGAAAUAAAAAAAUGUAUUUUUUUGACAUAUUUCAGUUAUACACAGGAGUGGGUGUGCGUAUAUGGACGCUACGCUCCUGUAGUACAGAUAAAGCGGUGGAAUUCUGAAAAAAAAAUUCUCCAUUUCUGAUUGGCUCAAAUCCUCUAGCUAAUUCUUCAUAACCCGCUAGCGUUGACCAUAUUUGGAAGGCGCUUUCGAGAUCUGAUAAAAUGACGUCAAUAGUACAGGAUAAACACUAUACAAAGGUGCGUUGUUUUGGUAAAGCUAGAGGAAAUGGCUUCCUUGUGAAGAAGAAAUAGCCGAACUACUGGCUAAAAACUUAGAAAGACAACUACAACAAAAAACUACAACUCGACAGAUGACAUUGUUGCUAUUUGAAGAAAAUCGUUUAGACUAAACAUCCCGUAUAUCCUGAAUUUUGGUGUGAUAACCUAACUGUUUUUACCGACCUAAUACAUGUAAAUGUAAAUGUAAAUUUGCUAAGGAAAAGGCUCUACCUCUGUCACUAAUUCCAGAAACCAUUUUCGUCAUUGCUUCUCUUAUCGAUCAACCAUCAUUAUUUUUGUCGCCGCAGGUCCUAAGAAUUUCCCGCUCGACCGUCUAAUGGCUAUAUUCUACAGCAUAGUGGAAGACAACGUUGCGCCUUCAGCAAGCAUUCUGUGCCAGAUUUCAUCGCUGGUUUCACUAAAUCUUCUAGCUCAAGUGACAUCUGAUGAUCAGAUUGACUGCCCCAAGUAUAAAUGCCUCGUCAAUUUUCUCACCAUCUCGGAGAUCGCCAAGCAGUUGAAGUUUGAUAUUGUGCAGUAUUUAUAUGACUUUGUUUAAUUAAAAGAUCCUUUGUUA